AGCGGAUGAGAGGUGCAGGACAAUGUUAUAGCAAAUUAAAGAAAAAAGGGCCUUAUGUUGGGGACUGAAUGAACAUUGAACGAGCCCGAGCGGUCCCGUUCGUGUGAAAUGAGGCGGGCAGCCGGUCUGAGGCUCGGUGAGGCGAGAGGGUGUUUGGAGUAAUUGGUACUUAUGCUGCUUUUCCGCGUCUGGAUUUGAGUUCUGCGUAAGGUGAGAAGCUGAACCGGGCCGGGUCGCCCCUAUGGAUCGGCACCAUGGAUGCUUUCAGUUUCCCCUUUAACAGCAGCGAUGAAACCGCGCAGCCUUCUAGUCGGCCGGGGACACAUAUCCCCGGGCAUGGCCUUUUGGCGGCGGCGGCGACUACCCCAUCCAAAGCCGUAUACUGGACCGUCGUGUUUGAUUAUGAUGCCACCGCCGAGGAUGAGCUCAGUCUGCGGAAGGGGGAUCGGGUUGAGGUGUUGUCCAAGGAUUCGCUGGUGUCCGGGGAUGAGGGCUGGUGGACAGGUAUGAUCGAGGACCGGGUCGGUAUUUUCCCCAGUAACUACGUGAGCGGUGGUAACGGCAUCUCGGAGAAAAUCCGGGACACGGCAGAGAACUACGACGAAUAUUCGGUGCCUCAGUUACACUUGCUGCAUAUAGACUUCAGUGAGUUGGCCCUUGAGGAAAUGAUUGGAGUUGGGGGUUUUGGUAAGGUGUACCGUGCCAUUUGGAAAGGCAAGGAGGUGGCAGUGAAGGCUGCUCGCCGGGACCCAGACGAGGACGUGUCUCAGACUCUGGAGAGUGUCCAUCAGGAGGCCAAGCUCUUCACUAUGCUGACACACCCCAACAUCAUGGGCCUUCUGGGUGUAUGCCUGCAGGAGCCCAACCUCUGUCUGGUCAUGGAGUAUGCCCGCGGUGGGCCUCUCAAUCGGGCGCUAGCUGGGAAACGCAUUGCUCCGCACACGCUGGUGGACUGGGCGGUACAGAUUGCACGUGCCAUGCUCUACCUGCACUGCCAAGCCAUUGUACCUGUCAUCCACAGAGACCUGAAGUCCAGCAACAUUCUGAUUCUGGAACGAGUGGAGAACGAUGAUCUGAACAACAAGACGCUAAAGGUGACAGAUUUCGGUUUGGCUCGAGAGUGGCACCGGACCACAAAAAUGAGUGCAGCGGGGACGUACGCCUGGAUGGCUCCUGAGGUCAUCCGCUCCUCAACCUUUUCCAAGGGCAGUGACGUGUGGAGUUAUGGGGUUUUGUUGUGGGAGCUGCUAACAGGAGAGGUGCCAUUUCGUGGCAUUGAUAGUCUGGCAGUAGCUUACGGUGUGGCUAUGAAUAAACUGUCUCUACCGAUCCCCUCCACCUGCCCCGAGCCAUUUGCCCGACUGAUGGAAGACUGUUGGAAUGUGGACCCUCACGCACGCCCCCACUUCACUAGUAUUCUAGACCAGCUGACAGCUAUCGAGGAGUCAGGCUUCUUUGAGAUGCCGGCAGAAUCAUUCCAAUCCCUGCAGGAUGACUGGAAGCUGGAGGUUCAGGAGAUGUUCGACCAGCUCAGAGCCAAAGAGAAGGAGUUGAGAUCCUGGGAGGAAGAACUGAGUCGUGCGGCUCUACAGCAGAAGUACCAGGAAGAGGCUUUACGACGGCGUGAGCAGGAACUGGCGGAAAGAGAGAUUCACAUUUUGGAACGAGAGCUCAAUGUCAUCAUUCACCAACUGUACCAGGAGAAACCACGAGUGCAACACCGGCACGGAAAGUUCCGACGCAGUCGACUUAAACUGCGUGACGGAAACCGCAUCAGUCUGCCUUCAGAUUUCCAGCAUAAGAUCACGGUACAAGCAUCACCAUCUUUGGAUAGAAGGCGGAGCCUCCUGGGCAGUAACUCCACACCCCCAAACAGCCCUCUUGUUUUGCCACGCCUCCGUGCAAUCCAGUUGACCCCUGGAGUAGGAGGUCAAGCCUGGAGUCGUAACACUGCUUUCCAGUAUGAUGAAGAGGAGGAGAGGAAGACUUUACAGAAAAAAGGCAGAACACACAGAGAACACAGCGCUGAUGAGAGUUUGAGGACUCCUAAAGAGGGCAGUCGGCAGCGUUCCUGCAGUGCUCCAAACCUAAGGCGCUCCCCCAGACACAGUCCUGCAGUACCAGGAGUGUCCAGUCUGGCUGAGACUGAAAAUGAAGACUGCUGCUUUCCAUCGGAGUCAGCUGACUCUCCCGGCCAAUCAUACCUUUGCGUACCGUUGCACAGGGAGGCACAUGCUGCGGACAGCUACGGCAGCGAGAGCGGCACAACUGGCAUGGCUUCUGACACAUCUCCCAAUAACACGCGACGGAGCCUGAGUGGAAGUCGUAGAUCAGAACUGGUGUUGCUAGGCUGUGGGGCGGCUCUGGCUGCCAUUGGUUUGGGCCAUAACCUGCUGGGCAUGGUACAUGUGGAGGAGAGUGUACGUACACGAUGGGAAGGUCUGUUUCACCGUACUGGUGGUCAAUGUCGUGGGACCAGCCCACCCACGCGCAAACUCUUUAAACGGGAAAGCCCUCGUCGCCCUCCCCAUCCACCCUCUUCCUUUACACUCCUUUCUCUCUCUUCUGUUUCUGACUGUAACUCAACCCGUUCUCUCCUCCGCUCCGACAGUGAAGAGGUACUCGUGCUACGCUCACCUACUCCCCCUGGACAGACUCCGGCUCCUCUGAACCCCCUGGUCAACACCCACCUGGAGAGUUUUAAACGGCACCCUCGUCAGUCUCUCACGCCUACACAUGUGCCCUCUGCACACAGUACAACCUGCAGGCUUCAUCGUACACCUUCAGAUGGUGCAAUAAAGAAGGGAUGCCCACCUGCCCGUAACAACUACAAUUACACCCCUACCACACCCUCUAAAACAACGCAGGAUCACACAGUUAGCCCGUGGAGCUCAAGUGAGGACCCCUCGGAGUUGCCCCGUCUGCCUGACCCAAAUCUAAUCUUUCCACCUACACCACGUCGUCGCUUCCAACCUGAGCGUCCUAAGACUCUCGACUUCCUGGCUAGGCCUCGCCCUUCUCCACGAGCUCGCUGUGGAUCCCAGUGGGGUGAAUCUCCCGCUCACACCUCCAGCACUGAAACCCCAUCCACUGUGGAGUUAGGAGGAAGUGUGGCUGUCUUGCCCACUCCAAUGGAACCAACCCCAUGUUCCCCUUGGGUGAAUGACAGCCUUUUGGACCAACAAGAUGAGGGACAAUGCAGGGAUGGUACACUGCCUCUCUCAUCAGACCCCAGUUUAACCCGAGACUCCCCUUACAGAGUGCGACCAGGGUUUUGCUCCUGAUUCCACUCUAAAAGAGUCACCCCUCCAAACCAAACUUCAUACACAGUGAUGAAAAUGUAAUUCCUUUUAUAAUUUACUCACCCUCAUGUUGCUCCAAACCCAUAUGUCUUUCUCUUCUCCAUGGAACACCAACGGAGGUCUUUCAUUGGUGAAAUGGUGACUGAGACUAACAUUCUGCCUAACAUCUCCUUUUGGUGUUCCACAGAAGAAAGUCAUUUUGGGUUUGGGUCAACAUGAGGGUGAGUAUCUUCAAUUUUGAGUGAACUACCCCUUUAAUGAUUCACAAAAUCAGACCCACGUGGUUUCAGAUGUAGCAAGUAGACCAUCGGUUCAGACAGGGAUUUGAUCUAAAUGACAUCCGCUGCUGAAUAGAAAGGUAUAAAGUGUCAACCUGACAACCUACAGGAAAGUUCUCAGUAUGCAAAUAUAAUUACAUUGUACAUUAUGCACACAAAUGUACUUGGUUUUGUGCUUUGCUGAUCAAUUCAGCUGUGAAACCAAGGUUUUCAAUAACAGCUCCUAAUAAACAUAUAAACUCUUCACGUAAUAGUGCAGUUUUGAUAAGCUCUUCUUCAUUAAACACUAAGGUCCAGAUGUAAUAAGCUAUUGUUAAAAAAAUACAAGCCAGAUGCUUCAUUAUGGCCGGACUGAUUUUCGAGUCCUUUAGAAAAGUACAGGAUCUGCAGCUUUGAUCUUGAGAGACAUUUAUCAGGACACUUUUUUAUUUGCAAACUCGUUGUUUAAUUCAUAUUGAGUGUCCUUUUGCGCAGUUUUAAAUUUCUGUCAGUAUGUAUAAACACAUUUCUGCAUGUUUAUGGUAGAAUUAGGACCUCCUGGGCUAGCUGAGAAAUUUUGGACCAUUUUCAGGUAUUAUUUGUCAUACACGGAUGCGAUUGUAUACCUUUUAGAAGUGCUUUUUUUCUGGUCUCAUGAAUGUACUGUAUAUUUAUAUCAUAUUUCUCAUAUUUACACUGUCCAAGAUCACUAAUUGUUCUGUGGUUUUCACUGUAGCAUGAAGUACAUAGACAUUCAAAAAUAAUAUGCUAGUUUAACAACAAUGCUGAUAUUCACUAAUGAAACCUCAUUCACCAGAAUUGAACAUCUUUAAGAUGAAUUAAUUGGCUCUAAAUGUGUAACUAUACAAUAGUCAGGUGUAUUACUGCAGUCUUCCAGUCUUUGUGUAUGUACAAUGUGUGUGUGUGUGUGUGUGUGUGUGUGUGUGAGAGAGAGAGAGAGAGAGAGAGAGAGAGAGAGAGAGAGAGAGAGUGACAGAGGUAAAUGCAUGUAAUUGGAGGAUUCCAUGCUGUUUGUCCACAGAAUUAUUUUGAGAUUUUUUUUAAGGAUGAUUUAAAUUUGUUUUGACAUUUUAUAAGGUAUAUAUCUUUUGUGCAAUAUAUACAUUUUCAUGUAAACAUUGAUACUAAUUUCUGAAUGUAUUUAUUAAUUUAAGUUAUUUUUGUAUGUAUUUUGCGCAUUGCUUUUUUUGUUAUUUUGUAAAGACUUUGAUGAAGAGAAAUGUUUCUGUCUGGCUUUUUGAACAUGCUCAGACACGUAGACUUGAACAUUCUUUUGCACAUGCUCAUGUCUAGAUUGGGGUUUACAGCAGUGUUGUCUGCUGUGUCUCGCAACCCUUACUCUUUCAUCUCUGUACUGGCAAACGUUCUUUUGAGACACAACAACAUUUGGGGCCAAAAACCUGAUUAAACAAACCAAAUUUCAAAAUAAUUUGAACACCAUGUGUACACCUAAACAAAGUCCUAAAAUAUCAGACCAGUUGACUCAGGAUCCAGGAAUGCUUGCUUCAUUCUGAAUGUGGUAUAUAUAUUUUUUUUGUGCUUGAAGGAAUGUGUAGCCAACAUGAAGAGCAUCUCCUGUCAUUUAUCAGCACAAUCACUGCUGUCUCUGAGAUCCAGGCAAGUGUUUUGGGUUCUGAAGCUGCUGCUAUGAAACUUGUAUUGCACCCGAGCAAAUUAGACUUGUGUAAGAGCUAAAUUAAAGCCCUGAAAUGCUGAAAUGUGGU